GGGGAGUAGGGGGAGGCACCAAUAAGAUGCAAAACUUCACGUCGGGAGGGGGAGCCGCGCUGAAGAGCUCCUCUAACGACGAGAUCCCGGCGGUCCAAGACACUUCAGAGCUCGAGCAAGUGGAAGUAGUCGCUCCCACGGACGCAGCCGCAGCAGUUAGGACGUUCGCGCCUGCGCGUCUGAGUGAUGCGGCGGCACGCGACGAUACCGAUCCCGGGAAAGCAUCUCCUCUAGCGCUCACGGUAGACGCCUGUAAUGUUCCGGGAGAAGGAGGUGGCAACGCUGCAGCUCCGGUUUCCGCAAUGAAGUGCAACAAAAACGGCGAGUGCAGGAGAGGCUCGGGCACGGGCAGCUUGCGCUCCAUUAUGUCCAAGCAGGACAAGCAGGAUGCGAAUAAACGCGCGACGACCUCCUCAACUUCAGGCACGGAUGCGCCCGGAGCUUCCGCAGGCCCUGGAGACUCCUCCAGUCCCGCCGCCGUCCCGGACAAGAAGGACUCCAAGGUGUCGUUUUCCAACGCACCGAGUCGCAAAACGUCCGCAUCCAUGCAGAGCCAACAGCCCAGGAACUCCGUAACGUUCCUCAAGUCCGAGGAUGGAGCGCAGAUCGCAACCGAGGAUGCUGAGGCGCGCGGGAGCCAAGCGAGCUUCAUGCAGAGGCAGUUCGGUAGCAUGCUGCAGCCGGGGGUCAACAAAUUCUCCUUACGAAUGUACGGCAGCCAGAAAGCAGUGGAAAGAGAGCAGGAGCGCGUGAAGUCAGCAGGGAAGUGGAUCAUUCACCCAUACAGCGACUUCAGGUUCUACUGGGAUUUUACAAUGCUCCUCUUCAUGGUGGGCAACCUGAUCAUCAUUCCAGUAGGCAUCACGUUCUUCAAGGAGGAGACCACAACACCUUGGAUCAUCUUCAACGUCGUCUCUGACACCUUCUUCCUCAUGGACCUGGUGCUCAACUUCCGCACGGGUAUCAUUAUUGAAGACAACUCUGACAUCAUCCUGGAUCCCAAGACUAUCAAGAAAAAGUACCUGAAGACAUGGUUCGUGGUGGACUUUGUCUCGUCCAUCCCCGUGGAUUACAUCUUUCUCAUUGUGGAGAAGGGAAUAGACUCGGAGAUGUACAAGACGGCCCGGGCUCUGCGCAUCGUGCGCUUCACAAAGAUCCUCAGUUUGCUCAGGCUGCUGAGACUCUCCCGCCUCAUCCGCUACAUACACCAGUGGGAAGAGAUUUUCCACAUGACCUACGACCUGGCGAGCGCCGUGAUGCGCAUCUUCAACCUGAUCGCUAUGAUGCUGCUGCUGUGCCACUGGGACGGCUGUCUUCAGUUCCUCGUGCCCAUGCUGCAGGACUUCCCCUCCGACUGCUGGGUCUCACUCAACAAAAUGGUGAAUGACACAUGGAGUGAGCUGUACUCCUUUGCCGUGUUUAAGGCAAUGAGUCACAUGCUCUGCAUAGGUUAUGGCCGUCAGGCUCCAGAGAGUUUGUCUGAUAUAUGGCUCACCAUGCUCAGCAUGAUCGUAGGAGCCACCUGCUACGCCGUCUUCAUCGGCCACGCCACUGCUCUCAUCCAGUCGCUGGACUCGUCUCGUCGCCAGUACCAGGAGAAGUACAAGCAAGUGGAGCAGUACAUGUCCUUCCACAAACUUCCAGCAGACUUCCGGCAAAAAAUCCACGACUACUAUGAGCAUCGCUACCAGGGCAAGAUGUUCGAUGAGGAGAGCAUCCUGGAGGAGUUAAACGAACCGCUCAGAGAGGAAAUUGUGAACUUCAACUGCCGUAAGCUGGUGGCCUCAAUGCCCCUGUUCGCCAAUGCUGAUCCCAACUUCGUCACAGCCAUGCUAACUAAGCUCCGCUUUGAGGUCUUCCAGCCCCGGGAUUACAUCAUCCGUGAAGGCACCAUUGGCAAAAAGAUGUACUUCAUCCAACACGGCGUAGUCAACGUCAUCACCAAAGGAACAUUGGGAAUGAAACUGUCCGACGGCUCCUACUUUGGAGAAAUCUGUUUGCUAACACGAGGCCGCCGGACAGCGAGUGUUCAAGCGGAGACAUACUGCCGUCUUUACUCACUCUCUGUGGACAACUUCAACGAAGUUCUGGAGGAGUACCCUAUGAUGAGAAGAGCUUUUGAGACCGUGGCCAUUGACAGACUCGAUCGUCUAGGAAAGAAGAACUCCAUCUUGAUGAACAAAGUGCAGCAUGACCUCAACUCUGGUGUCUUCAACAACAGAGAAAAUGAAAUGAUCCAGGAGAUUGUGAAGUACGACCGAGAGAUGGUCAAACUGGUGGACUUUCAGCGUCCACGUGCCAUGUCUAUGACGGCCGCAGUACCUGGUGGCAUAUUUGCCCCACCGGGCCAGUCACAGGGUGCCUCAGCAAUCGCCACCCUACAACAGGCAGUAGCCAUGAGUUUCUGUCCACAGAUGGCAAAUCCUCUGGUGUGCCCAAGCACUCUACAAUCACCCCGCAUGGUCCGGCGCUUCCAGGUAAUCCAGAACCUUUCCAGUCCUGCAUCUGUCUCUCCCAUGCAGCCACAACCACCAGGCCCGAUGCCAGGGGGUGCAGGUGCUUCUGCUGCCACAUCCAGUCCACCUGUGCAGAGCCCAUUGGCACCAACGGGCUCAAGGACAUUCCAGUAUGGCUGCAGCCCCAUGGGUGGGCGUACAGGAUCUCAGCUAUCUCUUGUCCAGCAGCAUGUGCCCAGUCCAACGCGCAAAGGCACCCACUCUCUGCAGCAUGCAGAGAGCCUGAGCCAAGAUGCCCGUGCAUUGUCCACUUCUCAACCCUCUCUGCCCCAGGACGGAGUGACAGCUGUUGGUACCAGCCCACCACCCUCAGCCCACGUCUCCUCCACAUCUAUUGGGCCGCAGCAGGCCCCUCACCCUGCAAUACCUGGGCCCUCUGGAAUCAGAAGCGCUGUACCUCACAGAAUGGUACAUCCUCACCAGAUGUCACCCUCCACUCCACCUCCUGUCGGUGGCGCAGGGCCAAGUUAUCUCGAGCCAAUAGUGCACAAGAAAGAUUCUAUAGUUAGCCUCCCUGAGACGGACUCCACUAUCAGAUCCAGGCUGUCUUCAAACCUCUGACCAAACUCUGGUGUAUGUUGACAUGGUGGCACUGUUGUGUGUCCUAAGGUUUUCUGUACCCAAAGGAAGCAGAAUGUGCAUUGUGUAGGGGGAGUAAUCAGAUCCUUAAUAGAUACAAUGCCACCAUUUUAACCAGGAUGAACAGGUGGGAUUUUCCUAGCUCGCCUACUCAUGUAGUUACUCCCUCGUUCAGCUAUCAAUUUCCCUUCUGCUGUCUUUGUUCUGAAGAAUUAAGUGGAUAGAGAAAAAUUCUGUAGUAUUCUGUAGAGUCCAUACAAUGCAAUCUGGCCUGAGCUAGGACUUAAAGAAAAUCAGGGACUUGUAUCACAUGACAAUGAUGAAAUUUUAAGCUUUGCAAAAGUGUUUUUGAGUGUCCUUUGUUCUGUAUAAUUGUAGCAAAAAUAACUAGCUGUUCUUCAUAUUCUUGUAAAAUAUAAAUGAAAAUAGUAUUAUAGACCGCUGGUCGAUCUUAUAUUGAUAUGUAAAUAGAAUAUGUUUUAAAAGAAAAAUGACACAAAAUAUCUUCAUUGUACCCACUCAAAAAAACCAAAGUUGAGCUUGGUUGAGUUUGCUCAUGUCUGUGUCAAAGAAGAAAAAGAAUUCAAAAGAAACGCCAUUUAUUUAACUGCCUUUAUUCCAAGUUUAGAAGCCAUAUAUGUGGUAAGUGUGAGUCUAUGGGGGUGAAGGAAAGGGGAGGGGUGGUCUGGGGUGUAAGUUCUUUAUUUAUUUAUUGACCUGUUUUCUCAUGAGAGUGUAAAACCACUGUAGUGAAGCAACUGUUUUUUCUUUCAUUUAUUUUGCUGGGCAUUUUGACAGAUGUGUUUUUUUAAAGGUAAAGGCAAUACCCCAGAGCUUCUAUCCUGCACUGAGAGUUCUUACUGAUGAACAUCACUGACUCUCUAUUAGGAGAUACCAAAACAGUAGUAACUAGAAAUGGAUAACCAAAAGAAUCUAUUUCUGAACUGUGAUCCCAAAUGCAAUAUGCCUUUAGUCUCGCUGUUUAGUUGUGCUGUGUGAAUGUUUUAUUUGGAUGUAUUUAAAGGAUAUUUUAUGGUUGUAGGUAAUGGAGAGUAAUAAAAUGAAACACGAGAGGAAAUGUUUCUGUAAAAUAUUUAAAAAAAUUUAGAGUUUAGCUUCAAUUGUAAAUAUUAAAUUCCUGAAUUAUAGUUUUAUUUGCAUGGCUACAAUUCAGAAUUGACAUUACCCAGAAAAAAGCUGGUUUUUAGCUGAUACUGGUAGUUGAAUUUGUGGUAAUAAAGUGCUGCAGUAAUUCACUUAAAUAUAGACACUUAAAGCCAGCAUAACAUACCGGAAAAAAAUUCUAAAUAAUUUUACUGCAGCAUUUUAUUAUACCAUCUUGAAAAACAAAACAAAACAAAACCAUUAUUCGUUCAACUUGACUAGUAUUGGCAAUAUUCUGCACUUUACCAAAACCUCCAAGAUAUUAUUAAUGAAGAAGCUGUUGUGUAAGCAUUUUUAAUGGGAUUGUUGAUUAAGAGAAAUCGGCCAAAUCUUUUUGUUUGAUCACUGAAACAAAAUACUCAUCUCGAUUUGCAUCUUUGGAAGACAUGCUAGCUUAACAGUUUGUAGCUGAACAGUUAACCGCUGCAUUUUUAUUUUUCACUCGGAUUGUAAAUAUGACCUUGUAAAUCAGUUGUAAAUCAGUCUGAUUAGUAAAGUGAGCUUAUUAAUACUGAUAAAAAGAAAAAAGAACAAAAAAAAAAAGAAAGGACGCUGAACUCAGAUGGACGACGGUGCGUAUUUGUUCCUGAAUGUAUGCCGACUGGCGUUUACUGCCAUGUAAAUAGAAUCAUAUCGACUAAUGCAAAAUGGAAAACGUGUGUAUUUCGCUGAGUGUUUAUUGUGAUGAUCAACCGUUGAUUAUGCUAAUUAGCUACUUAAUUACGAACGAACCGUUUGUGUUACUUCCACCAUUACUUGCUAGAAGAUGGAUAUUAGAUAUUAAAAAAAAAAUAAAUGGGGAGAAAUUAAAGCCAAUAAGCAAACAAACAAACAAGCACACACUAUAUCCCCAUGAGCACCCUCUAGAGAGAGACGAUGAUGCUAACUCACAAUAUUGUUCAUAAUAGGUGAUUUUGACGAGUUGCUGGAACGGAUGCAGUUUUAUCGAUGCAGUAAAAUAGCGGCAACAUAACUCACGUUCAUACUCAGUCCCAUAUCUUUAUUAGUGUUGUAAGGUUUAGCUCAGUAAGUCUUUUACCACUAGCAUUAGGAUCGACCAUCAAAAUGAAGGAUGGUGCAAAUCGAGUCAAUAUGACUGAAUGAAAAACUAUUUCGAGUCCUACGGAGCUGACAUUGCCAUUUUCUAUCAGUAAUGGGAUAUUAGAUCUACCUGAGUCCUGAGAAUACCUGAUUUGUGGUGUAUCUUUAAUUACACGCAAAUGAUACUUCCUGUACUGCCAUUUUUUUCUGAAUGUCUCGUUGAGUUUUGGUUUGUUUUGUUGUCUCAUUUUCAGAGAUUAGCAAAUACUUUUGUUUUUUGUAUCUCCUGUUUUAAGUGUACACUGUAAGUCCCCGACGUACUGACAUACUAAUGUAUUCUAAAGUGAGCUAAACAAAUCGAAUGCAUAUCUAUUAUAUGUAUUGCUGUGGUUUUACUGCACAUGACUGAAACUGUUUAUUUUUGUAACCAUGCACUUAUGCUGGCCCUAUUUACGCUGCUAUUUUAGGCUCUGCUAGAAAGAAACGUCUUCGGAGGAUUGUGUACGAAGCGGGGUCACAGUCAGCGCCGACGUGAUCCUUCAUAGUGCCAGUUAACCUGGCGAAUAUUGAAAGAAAGAAAGAAAGAAAGAAAGAAAGAAAGAAAGAAAGAAAGAAAGAAAGAAAGAAAGAAAGAAAGAAAGAAAGAAAGAAAGAAAGUGAUUUGAGUUUCAGCAUGGAAUCGAUUGGCUUCAUUUCACUGUAACGAUAGCAAUCCUGAUCGAAGUAUUCCUUUAAGUAGGGAUUUCGAGUAUCUUCUUUUUAUUUUCUGUACUUUUCCCUGACGAAAGAAAAAGAAAAAAGUAAACAAAAAAACAAACAAAAACAAAACAAAACAACAACAAAAAAAAACGUUCUUUCUGGGGCAGAAAGGCAAGACGUCAGCUUUCCUCAUCUUAGCUGAAUAACGGACAAUAAUUUGAGAGGACCGUCAUACAAACCUCUUGUUUCACAGUACCGCAUGUAAACGGUACAGAAUGCCUUGGUAUAAGAAAAUGUCUUAGUAAAUCAGGGUACUUUGUGUUUUUUUGUUAUGAUAAGUGUUAUUUUUUGCGUCUUUACGGUGUGCCCCGAUGCACAAUUUAACGUAGGCCAACAUACCUAGUGCCUAGUAAUACCUAGUUUCCACAUUGUCUAUUUUAGUGGUACUUGACCUUGUAAAAAGAAUAACUGCAAACUGUGUAUUUAUUUUUGUUUUGUUUCGUUUUUUUACCUUGCAAUAUAUGUACAAUAUAGCUGCUGAAUAGUUGUUAGCAACAUAAAACGAAUAAUCCAGCAUAGUCUUUCCCAAUGUUGGGAGACACAACUUGCACAUUCAUGUUUGUCUGGACUUUUGAAUGCAGUGGAUCACGGAGUACAUAACCAAAACCUCUGCUCCACCCGGAAUGUUGCUUUUCACUGGAGCCACCAGAGCAGACUUUGCUUUUGCGAUCCCUAGACAUCACGCCAGAUGGCUUUUUAAAAAUCAAACUCGCCUCUGUAGAUGCCAGCUGAGCACACACACACACACACAGAUCAACUCAGAAAACAUCAGGGGUGAAAACAUUAAAUACAUUCAAAAUCCUAUACUGAAAUGCAUGUAUAAUUUGUUUUUUUAAUAACAAGUAUGUAACAGUAACAGAUUCACAUAGAUAUAUAAAUGAAAUCUAAAGAAUUUUAUAUAGAUAUAUUAUAAAACACUGCACAGGAUAUGUUUAAACAUAUCACUAACUAGACGUGAUGAGAAAAAACAUUCAUAGCAAUUGGUUUAAAGGUGUAAUCGGUCAUUUUGGCUGAAAUUUGCCCCCUUACAUCAAACCGUAUGCACUGACUGUCAUACCUGCUUAUUUUUUUUUGGCUGUAUGUUUAUUUAUGUCUAUUUUUUCUCCCUUAAUAUUUUAUUGAUAGAAUUUGAGGAGAAAUAAAUCACUCAGCCCAACUGCUAAACACCGAAAUUUUUGAGAAAUGUGUGAGAAAUGCAGAAUUCCAUUGACAGAAAAUGAGGCCUAAUUGGCUAAUCUGUCCCUCAAUGGAGUACAGUAGCAAAGCAUCAUAAGAUGACUGCUAGUUUUCUUGUGCUGUGAUAAAAAUGCACAUGGUGAGCUCUUCCCUGACAUUAAACACAUUUGUGUGUGUAUGAAUACUGAAUAUCCAUGUGGCUCAUUUUGCACGUUGUCAGGUUCAACGAAAAUUUCACCCAAUUAUAUUGAAAUAUUUGUCAUGUGCUUAGCGAUUAUGGUGCUAAUUUGUUUGGUGGAUGCAGUAUUUGUUAACUCUAUGAAAAGAUUGUGUGGGUUGUGUAUUGCCCUGACAUCAUCACAAGAGGAUAUCGCUUGGAUAGCUGGCGGUACUUAAUAGGAGGAAAUAUUUCGACUAUCUACUUUCAAUGUCAUGUUAAAGAAAAAUCCCACGUAGUGUAGACACAAACGCUGAUGCAGUCUUAACAAAGAUUUGGCUCAGCUACCUAUAUCAAUAUCUAGAUAUUAAUAUGGGUCAGUGAUGGUGGUAUCAGCACCAAAGAUGAAGCUUUGCAGGCUGAUCUGUUUGAGCAGAGUUGAACAGAGGUAGAGGUGGUGCUGAGAGACCUGGACGGAAUAAAUAACUAAAGUGCCACUGCAUCACUUUAGUGAGGUAGAGAUGAAGCGAGGGCUAAAUCCCACUGGCGCCGCUAUCAGCGACUCGAUGGACAGCAUUGUGGGAAAGUGUUAACUGAAGACUGAUAAAAGGACAUCACGGACGGUCAUUUAUUAAUUAGAAAGAUAUAUAUGCAAGGCAUUCUGGGUGGAUUUUUCUCAGUAGGUGCCUCAAUAAGCACACUGCAAAUAAAUCCUUAUAAAAGCUCUCUAUUUUAUAGCAGUUUUUGCAUAGCGCUAAAUGUUUGGGGGGGGGGGGGGUUGUGCUGUCUACUGCAUGAAUGAAAACCCAUAACAAAGCCUGUUCAGCCGGACUUGAAGUUAUUUUAAAACAUGCCAGAUUAAACGUUUCUUCAAUGGCUGCAGACAAAAUACAUUCAGAUUUGUGUCUACGAUGAUUUCAGCCCUGCUAAGCCCCCAAUCAGGCUAAGUAAGGCUGUCGAGUGUUUUAAAGAGUAACUUUAGCAGGGUGAGAACUUUCAUUGGGUUUGGAUUUGUACUUGUAAAAUGUCUGGUGCCAGUGGCUGGGAAAGUGAGAAGUCUCUAUCUUUGCUGCUGUACUCCAGCUGAUUGAGUCUUAGUCAUGAUUAGCUGUGUGUGUGCAUUAAAACACACUCACCCAGUCAGAUAUUAGUCAUUCAUCGAUUUGGGCGGUUGAUUGAAGUGCACUAGUCGAAGAUGGCCUCGUCACCAUGCACCCUACCUGCUUUAAGCACCCUUCCUCCUAUCUAUUAUGUUUCAGUUACACACCCCACCCCCACCAGCACAUCUCUUCAGUUACACAGCCCAUCUUUUGGUCAAUAAAAGUCGAGCUAAAUGAUGUUAGCCCUGUAGCAAGGAUAAAGCAAGUUAUGAGCUUUAAAAAAAGAUUAUUUUAUAAGCAUUGAUGUAU